AUGGCACUUUGGGCAGAUAGGAUUACAGUAAAAAAAGCUACAUGCAAAUCUCCAUUUGAACUGGUUUAUGGAACUCAAGCCAAAAUGCCUAUAAAUAAUUUAUUACCUGUAUACAAGUUCAUGACAAAGGAAGGUCUAGAUUUACCUAAGCCUAUGAAUGCAAGAAUGGAACAUCUUGCAGAAUUGGAUGAAAUUAGAAAUGAAGCACAGGAAUGCAACCUCAAGAUGCAGCAGAAGGUGAAAUACUUGCAUGAUAAAAGGGCUACAGAAAGAAAUUUUCAAGAAGGAGAAUUGGUGCUCAUGUGGAAUGCUAGAGCUCAAGACAAAGGAAAGCAUGGGAAAUUUGAAUCAUUAUGGAUUGGACCUUAUGUUAUCAUGGGUAAAAAUGGGGAAGAUUCAUAUUUUUUACAUAAUAUGGAUGGAGAACAUAUGAAACUACUAGCACAUGGAUAG